AUGGAGAUCGAUGGCUUCGAUGCCGAAGUGCUGGAGUCAUCCAGAGACAAGUCCCAGUCCCAGGGCGUGUACAUCUACCAGCCCACUCAACAAGGGAAAGGUGCCGGAGAGCGGCCCUCUAAACGCCGCAAGGUCGCCUCAACCGAUGCAUCCGAAGAGCCAAAAAACCACCAGUCCUUUGCUCCCCUUCUAAACGGAGACGAGAACGCCGAGUGCGUGCAGCUGCGAUACGAUAUCUAUAAACAACUUUGGUCGGUGCAGAAGCAGAAGAUCAAGGGAAUCCUUGAAGAUGUCGACGCGGGAGUUCUGAUGGACGUGCUGUCAUUUGUCCGAAACACAUCACCCCAAACGUAUGACCCGAUCCUAGCAAAAGAACCAGAAACCAGCGCAUUGGUCACCGUCGGAUCUAAUGUUUCUUCGCUCAGUCGAUUGCUAUCGCGACUCAACGACCAACUGGCCGCCACUGGAGAUGGCGGUGUAGUGGUGCUGGAAUCUGGCGAUGCACCCAAUCUCAAGACAACACUGAAAAACAUCAUUCGAGCUGCAGUCACAAAUACCGAGGGCAACGAUGGGUACCAGAAAUUCCUCACCGAUCGAGCUGGACCUCGACUUCUCGGCUACGACUUGGACCUGCUUCAUGACUACGUUCAAAGGAAGGGGACCAAGAAGUUGGUUCUCGCGCUUCGGGAUAGCGAAGCCUUUGACCCAGGACUAUUGACCGAUCUUCUGUCGCUACUCAGGUCCUGGCUUGAUCGCAUACCCUUCACGGUGCUUCUGGGAAUUUCCACAUCGGUCGAGCUCUUCGAAGGGCGGCUCCCUCGUUCGUGUGCAUCUCUGCUCCAGGGGAGACAUUUUGAGGUCCAAGAAGCCGGCAACUGCGUCGACCGCAUCUAUGAGGCUCUCCAAGCAGACCUGACUGGGAGGCUCUGGCUGGGUCGUAAUAUCACUAGCACCCUAUUUGAAAGAUCUAGCGACUUCUUUCAGAGCCCAGAGGCGUUCAGCCGCAUGGUCAAGUAUGCGUACAUGUCACAUUUCUUUGCCAACCCUCUGGCAGUGUUAUUGGCGAAUCCAGCAUCCACCAUGUUGCCCCAGCUCCGAAUCUGCGAGGCAAUCAGGAAUCUGCCGUCCUUCCGAAUGUUUUGUGAGGAUUUAGUACAAGCGGGUUUUUCGAAAGAAGUCCGAGGUCUGUUGGAGGAUGACCAAUAUCUUCUCCAGCAAACUUCCAAGCACCUCGACACAAAUCAGCAGAAAAUGCGACGCCUUUUUCAGGUGGUUCUGGUGAUUCAUGCUUGUCUCCAGCAUACGCAAAGCUCCAAGAAGACCAGUGUUUCUGACCUCUCGAUUCGUGCCCUCUCAGGGGAGCUGGGCGAAUCACCAAUCGUGGAAGAAAUGUUGGCCACAAUGAAAACAUUGGAUUCCGAAAAGCUGAUGUGCUUGCUAAACAGCCUUCCGCGAGCUCUUUUCAAUGACGCACAUUUUAGUGCAAUACAACACGAUAUCCAGACAUUGCUGCAGACAUACCCAGACUCUGGGCCGCUGCGCAGCGAAUACAACACCAACAGUUCCGUGGUGAAAACGACUGUCGUCCAACAGCGCGUCCGACUCAGUAAAGGCAAGGCAAAACUGCCUGAGCAAGACCUCGAGUACACCAAGAUCAUCGACCGGCUAGUGGCAAUACUGCAGGAAUAUUUCGCGGAGAUCUUGGUGAACCCACAAGAUCUAUUCCUGCACGAGCUCUUCUUAUUUGAUUUGCGCAAUCCACUGAAAGAAACGUUCGCGCCUCGGCCGCGCUUUGCCAUCGAGCGCGCUUUGGCCAGUCCAUUUGACUACCUGUUUUCCUCGUUCGAUGUCACCGAGGGCAAGAUUUCGGCGAAACAACCUGCCACCGCGAUAUUAUAUCAGCUGUAUCUUGAAUCGGGUGCCCUGGUGAAUGUCCACGAUCUCUGGCAGGCUUUCUACGCAGUCUUUGAGAGUGAUCAGGGUGACAGUUGCGAUGAGCGCGUCGUUAUGACCCUGUUCUAUGGAGCCUUGUCGGAAUUAAAGGCAUUUGGUGUGGUCAAGAACAGCCGAAAGAAGACUGACCACCUGGCCAAGUCAGCAUGGAUGGGUCUCUAA